UGAGAAUUGAGAAUUGAGAAAGAGAAUGAAUGUGAGAGACUAGAGAGUGGUUCUCACACAUUUCCAAAGAGAGUGGGUGACAAUUGGCUCAAGCAAAAUCAAAUCUGUCUCGUGAAGCAGCAGGUGAGGAGGAGGAAAAGAAAAGAAAAGCUCACUCUCCCUUUUUCUCAUUUCUUCCUCUUGUUUCUCUCUCCUCGCUCUCACUGAUACCCCAUUCACUCACUCUCUCUCUCUCUCUAGAAACAAAGAAAAGCUUUAUUCUCUCUCUAAGAAUUCAUUCAUUCUUUACUUGCUCACUCAUUUUAUAUCACGAGAUCCCCAUCCCAUCCCAUCCCUUCUCUUCUCUCUCUACCAUCCAUUCAUGUCUAGUUCUUCUUCAACUGCUCCUCUCAACUCUCAACUCCACUCGCUCUAACUCUAACUUUCUGUUUGUUUCCCGAGAAAAUCAAAAUAACAAUGUCGCAUUCCUCGGGAAAACCCGUUUCCGACGUCAUCGGGUUCAACAAACCGGAUUUCCGAGAGCUCGAUCUAGGUUCCCCCGUUUCGCCAUUGCGAACGCGCGGACCCGCCGCCGCCAGCAGCAGUUCUGGCUCAUCCGGAUCGUUCUCCGGUGGUCGAAACCCGGUUCCUAGAAGAUCCGAUUCCGGCGAGCUUUCUGGCUCCAGCGAGAACAGCCCCACCGCUAAGGGAUCCAAGCUGGGUCACGCCAGAUCCGAUUCUGGAUCAGCUCCACCGCCGCUGUUCCAGUCCGUCACCUCGCCGGUGAUGAAUGUUCUCCCCACCGGAAACAUUUGCCCAUCUGGCAGGAUCCUGAAAACCGGCAUGGCAGCGCCGAGCCGGACCUCCCGGACGGAUGUUCUCGGUUCCGGUACGACCAACUAUGGCCACGGAAGCAUUAUGCGUGGCGGCGGCGGCGGAGGAACCACCACCGUGGCCGUUAGUGACCCUUUGAAGAGAGGAGUCCAGAGUAUGGAUCCAGAGGAGCUCAAGAAAGCAGGGAAUGAGCAUUACAAGAAGGGUCACUUUGCGGAUGCGUUGAGCUUUUAUGACCGCGCGAUUGCGUUGUCGCCGGCCAGCCCUGCUUACCGGAGCAACCGUGCCGCGGCGCUGACGGGUUUGAAACGGCUGGUGGAAGCGGUGAGGGAAUGUGAGGAAGCUGUGAGAUUGGAUCCUAAUUAUAGCAGGGCUCAUCAGCGUUUGGCUUCUCUUUUUCUCAGGUUAGGACAAGUUGAGAAUGCCAGGAAGCACCUCUGUUAUCCGGGGCUGCAUCCGGAUCCGUCGGAGAUGCACAAGUUGCAAAUGGUGGAAAAACAUAUAAGCAAAUGUGCAGAUGUUAGGAGGAUAGGGGAUUGGAAAAGUGUUCUCAGGGAAGUUGAUGCUGCUGUUACUGCUGGAGCGGAUUCUUCGCCUCAGCUCUUUAUGUGUAGAGCAGAAGCCUUUUUGAAGGUCCAUCAAAUUGAUGAUGCGGAAUCAAUUUUGUCACAUGUUCCAAAAUCGGAACCACAUACAAGUUCCUCUUCUCAGGCUAGAUUUUUUGGGAUGCUUUCUGAAGCUUAUUCCUACUUUGUUAGAGCUCAGAUUGAGAUGGCAUUGGGAAGGUUUGAGAGUGCAGUUACAGCUGCUGAGAAAGCCAGUCAGAUCGAUUCCCGCCACGUUGAAGUUGCUGUUUUGCUGAACAAUGUAAGGAUGGUGGCAAGAGCUCGGAUGCGAGGAAAUGAUCUUUUCAAAUCUGAAAGGUUCACUGAGGCUUGCUCAGCCUAUGGGGAAGGUCUGAGACUAGACCCUUCCAAUUCUGUUCUAUAUUGCAACAGAGCGGCUUGUUGGUUCAAGCUUGGUCAGUGGGAAAGAUCAAUUGAAGACUCCAACCGAGCUUUACAUAUCCAACCAAAUUACACGAAAGCUCUUCUUAGAAGAGCUGCAUCAAAUUGCAAGCUAGAACGGUGGGAAGAAGCAGUCAAAGAUUAUGAGGUCUUGCGGAGAGAACUUCCGAACGACAAUGAAGUUGCUGAGGCUCUUUUUCACUCGCAAGUUGCACUGAAGAAAUCACGUGGGGAAGACGUGUCUAAUUUAAAAUUCGGUGGUGAAGUGGAAGAAGUGUCAGGUCUUGAGCAGUUUAGAGCUGCAGUAUCUUUACCAGGUGUUUCUGUUGUCCAUUUUGAGGUUGCAUCUAACUCCCACUGCCAGCAAAUUUCACCAUUUGUGGAUACACUGUGUGGUCGAUAUCCAUCUAUUAACUUCCUCAAGGUGGACAUUCAAGAAAGCCCGACAAUUGCAACCGCUGAGAACGUUAGGGUUGUACCAACCUUCAAGAUAUACAAAAAUGGCAGUAGAGUGAAGGAAAUCAUUUGCCCUAGUCGCGACAUAUUGGAACACACUGUGAGGCAUUACAGCUCUUAGCACUCAUGACUUGUAAUUCUUCUUCUGUGUUGUUUGUUGUCUUGUGCAAUUCCUUCUUGCAGUUAAACACAACACUCUAGUCUCCCUCCACAGUUCUUCCAGUCUUUUGAGAUCCCACCAUAAAAUCUUCGCAUGAUACCUGUGACAUAGUCAAAAUCCAGAUAAUAAUCGUGUUAGCAUCCAAUGCCAUUGGAACCAAAGAGAUAGUCCAGUCCCUUUUGGUGUUUUUAUUUAUUCAUUCAUUCCCCAUUGCUCUUUGGUUCCAUGUUCUUCCUCCCUACUCCCUUUGUCAAUUUUCUUUUCCUCUACUCUACUCCUUUUCAGUUCACUAGGCCAGCUAGCUGUUCUUGUACCACCAGUUUCUUUUCAAGGUUAAAAAGAAAAAAAAUGUUUUUAUGUCUGUACAAUUUAUUUGAUUAUCAGUUUAAAUUACCUUCUACAAUAGACAGGUAUAGACAGGUAUAUAUAACACAAGGGAAAGGGAGGUUAUUCUGUUGUGCUAGUUAGAGGGGGAUCUGUACAUGUAUAUAUGUGAUGAUAUAUAUUUAUAUAUAUACACUCGACACUGGAAGGAAGCCAUUGAGGGUUGAGAGUUAGGAUGAGCAGUGGUGGGGGUUGGGGUACCUAUUGAGUUAGCAAAGGGAGAAUUAAAUUGUUAUUAUUAUUGUUUUUUUUCUUCUUCAAUUCCUGUCUUGGCCAUUUAAUCAAUAAUAAAAGUUCCCAUAUUUUUUUUA